UUUGUGACACUGACUUGAAGAAAACGAAAUCGUCGAUUCAGACACAACCUUUAUUAUUUUAUUUUUUUAAACACACUAAGCAACAACCAUGGGGAAAGGUUUCAAUAAUUAUAUGACUAAGAAAUUUUUUCAUCCAUCAAGUAAAGAAAAUAUCAAACGGGUAUGGAUGGCACAGCAAAAAACAGAAUUUGAAAAGAAAAAGGAAGAUGACAUGGUUGCUCAAUAUCGAAAGGAGCAGGACAUGUAUGAAAACAGGGCAUUGCUGGGAGAUGAGAAAGCCAAGCUUGGUCUUAGUUUCAUGUACGACGCUCCACCUGGCCUCAAAAAGGAAAAAGAGAAAGAAGAGACAGAGCAAGAGUAUAAAUUUGAAUGGCAGAGGAAAUACAAUGCACCUAGAGAACAAUAUGCAAAAAACGAUGAGACGAUUCUUGAUCAGCCAUUUGGUAUUGAAGUGCGCAACGUGCGCUGUAUCAAGUGCAGGAAGUGGGGUCACGUGAACACAGACAGGAUCUGUCCACUGUUUGGCAAGGAUCUCACAGCAGAGCCCGAGCAACCCAAGACCAGUGCCUAUUCCUUGCUGGAAUCCAUGAGGGAGGAUGGAUUUACUCUCAAACAGACUUUACUGGGCAAAAUGGCCGAUCCAAAAUCUGCAAAUGAGCGCAUGGUGGCCAAUGAAGAUGAGGAUGACCCAGAAGUGCAGUUCCUCAAGUCUCUUUCAGCCAAACAGAAGAAGAAACUUCUCAAAAAGCUGAGUAAGCUGCAAGAGCGACAGACUGGGGAAAAAGUGGAGAAGAAACACAAGAAGAAGAGCAAGAAGAACAAGCACAAGUCCAGCAAGAAGAGACAGGAGCAAUCCAGUGAGAGUGAUGACAGUUCUGAUGUAGAUGGUAGUCCACCGACAAAAAUGAAAACAAAGAAGAGAAGUCAAGAAUCUAGCGAAGACAAUUCUGAUUCUGAGAAUGACAGAAGACCAAGAAAGAAUGGAGGGGUAGGCAGUAAAUCCAGUAACAGAACUCGUGAAGAUCCUCAUAUUAGAAGUCCUGACACAAUUAGACAAACAGAAUCACAUAGAAGAGAUGUGAGAAGAUCGCACAGCAGAGAAAUGGACAAUCGUAGAAAUGCUAGAGAGCAAAGAAGCAGUUCUAGAGACAGCAGAGAUGAAAGAUUUCAAAAGCAGACAAGACAGAAUAGGGAUGGGCGUGAACAUUUGAGAAAUCAUGGAAGGGUUGUUGAAAGAAGUACAAGUAGGGAAAGGGAAAUCAAAAGAGAAAAGUCAUGGGGGAAAAGUGCAAAAGUAGAUAGAGAUAGAAGUAGUAGAGAGGGUAGAAGUGUAAGGGAACAUGAAAGUGAUAGGGUGAAACAUAGAACUGGUAGAGGGACGGAAAGUGGUAGCAGAGAAAGGGAACAGAGAUAUAUCAAUCAUAGAGACAUGUCUAGAAAUAGAAAAAGCAGUGAUGAUCGGCGACAGGCAAGAAAAAGGCAAGACAGCUCUAGUUCAUCUGAAUCUGAAAGUAUGAAAAGACCGCCCCAAGAUCAUUAUAAGGACAGAAAAACUAGAAGAGACAGUAAAAGUAGGGGCCGAUCAAGCUCUGUAGAAGAUGGGAAAAGAAUGAAAGACAGAAAGAUGAAGAGCUUGUCAGAUAAUGCAGAUACAAAAAGACCUUUGCAUAGCUCAAGAAAAGCUAGAGAUUCAACGGACAGUGAAAAAGGUGAUGAUAGAUCUCCUGACAAGAAAACCAAGCGUCGAAGGCAGUCAUCCUCUUCAGGAAAGGAUAUGUCUGACAACGAUAGAAAGAAGUCCCGCAAAGAAUUGAAACAGUUGAGAAGAAAGGAUUAUUCUAGUGACUCAAGUGAUUAAAUUACGUUGUUUGUUUGUUUUUCUAAAAAAGAGUAUCUGCCAUUGAUUACAUGAUUCAUAACAAAGUUGUGUGCACAAUUUUGUUUUUCUUAGUUUUUUAUUAAAAGUUAUAAAAAAAUUGUCAUCUUAUCAUGAACAUAUUUGUAUAGUUUAAUUGUUACAUUUAGGUACCGACUGUCUGUAAAAGUUUUGUUUAAAAUAUGUUAAAGUUUGCUUGUAAGGUUGAACAUAUUCAAUGGAUAAGCUUCACCAAAUAUCAUCUUUUGUGAGUACUAUUGUAAUACAGGUCAUAGAUUUGAAGAAUGAAGCAACAAUAUGGACUCGUGUACAUAUAUUUCUCAGAUUUUGUAGAGCUUUUUUGUUAUUUCUAUAAAUUAAACUUUCAAAAAUCAUAAUUUCAACAACCUUGGAUCGAAAUGAGAAUCAAAGAGAAGCCCUGGUAACAGUAACAUUGUAAUAGUCGCAUUGACCAUGGUGUCAGGAUAGUUAAAAUAAAAACAAGCUUCUUUUUUUAAUGUAUAUGUUUGGACAUUAAAACAAAUACCACUACCAGGUAGUUUUGUUAAGCAAUCAAAUGGGAAAUUUUGCAUUGACAUGUAUGUUGUUGUUAUUGUAAUACUAGUAUUUAAUAUGUUGUAUUUUGGCAUGAAACUUCUGGGUAAUGUGUAAAUAUAUGUAUAAGUAAUUUUCAUUAUUGAAAAAACUUUCCAGUGGGUUAUUUUGGGUGUUCAUGGUUUUUCUGUUGGCAACCAUACAAUUUAGAAUAUUGAUUUUGAUAUUAAGUAUGCCAUACCAAUAUUGUCAAGGAACAUAAAUAUUGAAUAAAAUAGCAUUUAAAUGGUA